AUGAUCCGGCGCCGCAAGUGGACGACCCGCAUGGAGAACUCGGUGCGCCUGCUCUGCCCGGCGCUCUCGGCGCCGGUCGUGCACGGCGUGAUCUCCGCCGCGGCCGCCGCGGACCGCGCCGACCUCGCGCUCCAGUUCUUCCGCUUCGCGUACCGCCGGGCCGGGUUCCGCCCGGAGCCGGCCACCUUCGCGCUGCUCGUCCCGGUCCUCGCCGCCAAGGGCAUGCUCAACCACGCCCGCUGCAUCCUCCUCGAGACCAUGCCGUCCUUCUCCGUCGCCCCCGACGAGGCCACCGUGGCCGCCCUCGUCGCCGCCUACGGCCGGGCCGGCAUCCCGCAGGAGGCCGUCAAGCUCUUCCGCCUCAUGCCCGACCUCGGCAUCACCCGCACCGCGCUCUCCUACAACGCCGUGCUCAAGGCCAUCCUCUGCCGCGGCCGCGAGGCCAUGGCCAGGCGGAUCUACAACGCCAUGAUCGCCGACGGCGUCGCCCCCACCCUGUCCACCUACAACACGCUCAUCUGGGGGUUCGGCCUGUGCAAGAAGAUGGAGUCCGCCGUCAGGGUGUUUGGGGACAUGAAGGGCCACGGGGUGACACCGGAUGUGACCACUUAUAACACCCUGCUCAAUGCCUGGGUGCGGAAAGGCGAUCUGGAGAGUGCACGGAAGGUGUUUGAUGAAAUGCCCGGAGCUGGGUUUGAGAGGAACUCGAUCUCAUACAAUGUCAUGAUCAAGGGAUAUGUUGAGGCGCGUAAGGUCGAGGAGGCAGUUGUGUUGUUCACGGAGAUGGGGGAGAAGGGUCUGAGGUUGAGCGAGAAGACGUUUGCUGCGUUGAUGCCGGGACUUUGCGAUGAUGAGGGGAAGGCUGCGGAAGCCCGGAAGGCAGUGGCGGAUAUGGCGGAGCGACGACUCACGCCAAAGGACAAAUCGGUGUUUCUGAGGCUCGUGUCGACAUUGUGCAAAGCUGGGGAUUUGGAUGGGGCGUUGGAGGUGCAUAAGAAGAGUGGGCAGUUCAAGCAUGUCCUGGUGGAUCCGAGGCAGUACGGUGUGUUGAUGGAGAGCUUGUGUGCAGGUGGUAAGUGUGAUGGUGCUGUGCAGGUGCUCGAUGAGCUUCUAGAGAAGGGCACACUGCUUAGCCCAAAGAGUCCAGUGAUGGAAGCACCGGCUUAUAAUCCAGUGAUUGAGUAUCUGUGCGACAAUGGGAAUACCAACAAGGCCGAGACGUUCUUCAGGCAGCUGAUGAAGAAAGGUGUGGAUGACAAGUCUGCAUUCAACAGUCUUAUCCGUGGGCAUGCAAAGGAAGGUGCGCUAGAGGCCGCAAAGGAGAUUCUUGCCAUUAUGACACGCCGUGGCGUCCCUACUGACCCCCACUCGCACGCACUGCUUAUUGAUAGCUUCCUGAAGAAGAACGAGCCAGCUGAUGCAAAGACGGCACUGGACAGCAUGAUGGAACAUGGUCACUUACCAAGGCCAGCUCUGUUCCAGUCUGUCAUGGCGGCACUUUUCAACGAUGGCCGGGUUCAGACCGCAAGCAGGGUCAUGAAGAGUAUGAUCGAGAAGGGGAUUACCGAGAACAUGGAUAUGGCACAUAAGAUCGUGGAGGCUCUCUUCAUGAGGGGUCAUGUGGAGGAGGCGAUUGGUCGCGUCAAUCUGAUGGUGGAAAAUGGCUGUAUGCCUGAUCUGGAUAAGUUGCUAGCUGCCCUUUGCGAGAAGGACAAAGUGAUGGAGGCACAAAAGCUGGCUGAUUUUGCGUUGGACCGGGACUUUGAAGUUAGCUUCUCAACCUAUGACAGAGUCCUGGAAGCCCUGUACACUGAGGAGAAGACAUUGCCACCCUACUCCAUGCUCUGCAAGAUCAAGCACAAAGGAGGCGUUGUAGAUCAGAAGGGUUGCGAUGCUUUGAUGGAUAGCUUAAAAGCUGGAGGAUACUCAAAGCAAGCUGACAUUUUGUCUAGGAUCUUGGUGGAGAAUGGAUCAUCAAUAUCCAAGAGGGGCAAGAAGUCUGCCAUGGGUGCAUAG